AUGGUACUCGAGGGAAAGCGAUCAGCCUCGUGUCCUUGUUUCUUCCUCCUGACCGCCAAGUUCUACUGGAUCCUCACGAUGAUGCAAAGAACUCACAGCCAAGAGUAUGCCCAUUCCAUACGAGUGGACGGGGACAUCAUUUUGGGAGGUCUCUUUCCUGUCCACGCAAAGGGAGAGAGAGGGGUGCCUUGUGGGGAGCUGAAGAAGGAAAAAGGGAUCCACAGAUUGGAGGCCAUGCUUUAUGCAAUUGACCAGAUUAAUAAGGACCCUGAUCUCCUCUCCAAUAUCACUCUGGGUGUCCGGAUCCUCGACACCUGCUCCAGGGACACCUACGCUUUGGAGCAGUCACUAACGUUCGUGCAGGCUUUGAUAGAGAAAGAUGCUUCUGAUGUGAAGUGUGCUAAUGGAGAUCCACCCAUUUUCACCAAGCCCGACAAGAUUUCUGGCGUCAUAGGUGCUGCUGCGAGCUCCGUGUCCAUCAUGGUGGCUAACAUUUUAAGACUUUUUAAGAUACCUCAAAUCAGCUAUGCAUCCACAGCCCCAGAGCUAAGUGAUAACACCAGGUAUGACUUCUUCUCUCGGGUGGUCCCCCCUGACUCCUACCAAGCGCAAGCCAUGGUGGACAUUGUGACGGCACUGGGAUGGAAUUAUGUGUCAACACUGGCUUCUGAGGGCAACUACGGAGAGAGCGGUGUGGAGGCCUUCACGCACAUCUCGCGGGAGAUUGGUGGUGUUUGCAUUGCUCAAUCACAGAAAAUCCCACGUGAACCAAGACCUGGAGAAUUUGAAAAAAUAAUCAAGCGUCUGCUAGAAACACCUAAUGCUCGGGCAGUGAUUAUGUUUGCUAAUGAAGAUGACAUCAGGAGGAUAUUGGAAGCAGCGAAAAAAUUAAACCAAAGUGGGCAUUUUCUCUGGAUUGGCUCAGAUAGUUGGGGAUCCAAAAUAGCACCUGUUUAUCAGCAGGAGGAGAUUGCAGAAGGGGCUGUGACAAUUUUGCCCAAAAGAGCGUCAAUUGAUGGGUUCGAUCGAUACUUUAGAAGCCGAACUCUUGCCAAUAAUCGAAGAAAUGUAUGGUUUGCGGAAUUCUGGGAGGAGAAUUUUGGAUGCAAGUUAGGAUCACAUGGAAAAAGGAACAGUCACGUAAAGAAAUGCACAGGCCUGGAGCGAAUUGCUCGGGAUUCAUCUUACGAACAGGAAGGAAAGGUCCAAUUUGUAAUUGAUGCUGUGUAUUCCAUGGCUUAUGCCCUGCACAAUAUGCACAAAGAUCUCUGCCCUGGAUACAUUGGCCUUUGCCCACGAAUGAGUACCAUUGAUGGGAAAGAACUACUCGGUUAUAUUCGGGCUGUGAAUUUUAAUGGUAGUGCUGGGACACCGGUCACUUUUAAUGAAAAUGGAGACGCUCCUGGUCGUUAUGAUAUCUUCCAGUAUCAAAUAACCAACAAAAGUACAGAAUACAAAAUCAUUGGGCACUGGACCAAUCAGCUUCAUCUAAAAGUGGAAGACAUGCAGUGGGCCAAUAGAGAACACACUCACCCGGCAUCCGUCUGCAGCCUGCCCUGUAAGCCCGGGGAGAGGAAGAAAACGGUGAAAGGAGUUCCUUGCUGCUGGCACUGCGAGCGCUGUGAAGGUUACAACUACCAGGUGGAUGAGCUCUCCUGUGAACUCUGCCCUUUGGAUCAGAGACCAAACAUUAACCGCACAGGCUGUCAGCUCAUCCCCAUCAUCAAACUCGAAUGGCAUUCCCCCUGGGCUGUGGUGCCUGUGUUCGUUGCCAUAUUGGGAAUCACCGCCACCACCUUUGUGAUCGUGACCUUUGUCCGCUAUAACGACACACCUAUUGUGAGGGCUUCGGGACGCGAACUUAGUUACGUGCUCCUAACGGGGAUUUUUCUCUGUUAUUCAAUCACCUUUUUAAUGAUUGCCGCACCAGGUACAAUCAUCUGCUCCUUCCGACGGAUCUUCCUCGGACUCGGCAUGUGUUUCAGCUAUGCAGCCCUCCUUACCAAAACAAACCGAAUCCACCGAAUAUUUGAGCAGGGGAAGAAAUCUGUCACGGCACCCAAGUUUAUCAGUCCAGCAUCCCAGCUGGUGAUCACCUUCAGCCUGAUCUCCAUCCAGCUCCUGGGCGUGUGUGUCUGGUUUGUUGUGGACCCACCGCACAUCAUCAUUGACUAUGGCGAACAGCGGACUCUAGACCCGGAGAACGCCAGGGGAGUGCUCAAGUGUGACAUCUCUGAUCUCUCGCUCAUUUGUUCGCUAGGGUACAGUAUCCUCUUGAUGGUAACUUGUACUGUUUAUGCCAUUAAAACAAGAGGAGUUCCAGAGACUUUCAAUGAAGCCAAACCUAUUGGAUUUACCAUGUAUACCACCUGCAUCAUCUGGUUAGCUUUCAUCCCCAUCUUUUUUGGUACAGCCCAGUCAGCAGAAAAGAUGUACAUCCAGACAACAACACUUACUGUCUCCAUGAGUUUAAGUGCUUCGGUGUCUCUGGGCAUGCUCUACAUGCCCAAGGUUUAUAUUAUAAUUUUUCAUCCAGAGCAGAAUGUUCAAAAACGCAAGAGGAGCUUCAAAGCUGUGGUGACAGCUGCCACCAUGCAAAGCAAACUGAUCCAAAAAGGCAAUGACAGACCAAAUGGCGAGGUGAAAAGCGAACUCUGUGAGAGUCUUGAAACCAACAAUUCUGUAGAUGGUUCAAAAAGAAAAAAAAAAGCUAACUUCCUCUACCAAGACGACAUAUAUCAGCUACAGCAAUCAUUCAAUCUGAAACAGGGAAAUGAUACAAUAUGA